GGAAAAAGAAAUAACAGAGGACUUGAGCUGUGAAAACUGUUGCAAUCAAUGAAUGUGUGGGCGCUUAUGGUUAUCACUGUUUCUUUUGUUUGAACUUCCCCUUUAACAAUGGCGUUUUGACCUCUCUCCUUCUCUCUCUCUCUCUCUCUCUCUCCGUCUUCUGGGUUAUUCCGAUUUCUCUUUCUCUCUCUCUCCUUCAAGUUGUUGCAAUCCCUAGAAAACCCCUAAUUUUCCAUUUCCCUGCAAAGUUAACAUUUUUUUCUUCUUCUUCUUCUUCUAUCAGUCCUCCUCUUAUUUUCAUGGUUUCAAUCUCCAUAUUGCUUUGGCCAUCGGAUAUAUCUUCGUGUUUAAAUAGCUUAUAACGAUAAGUUAGAUUCAUCUUUCUCCUUUGCGUUUUAGUUCAUCAGUAGAGUGUGUGCUGGGUUAUUUUUCUGCCCUUGUUUUUAGGGAAUUUGAUUUUGUGGAAGGAGAUAAUUAAUCGCUUUUCGAUUCGUCUUCCUGUAUAAAUCCCACAUCUCUUUUGUAAUCCCCUAGUCUACUUGUUGUAUGGUAUUGUUAGAUGUUGAUUGGAAUAUCAGGGCAGUUUUAUAUUAGGUUCAGUGAUACUCUGAAGAUCUGAGUCUUGAUUUUGGAGGAGGAUUAAGGUAGAUUCUAUAGAAUUUGGCCGGUUUUGAUUUGGAAAAUGACGGUGGAGGAAGUUAGUGAUGCUUCUGCGUGGAGUAGGGAGGAUGAUAUUGCCUUUGAGCGAGCUCUAGCCAGCAAUACUGAUGAAUCCGAGGAACGGUGGGAGAAGAUUGCGGCAGAUGUUCCUGGAAAAAGUGUUGAACAGAUUAAAGAACAUUAUGAGCUUUUAGUUGAAGAUGUUAGCAGGAUUGAGUCCGGAUGUGUGCCUCUUCCUGCCUAUGGGUCUCCUGAAGGAUCAAAUGGUCAUGCUGGUGAUGAAGGAGGAAGCAGUAAGAAAGGAGGUAAUAGUCAUGCAGGAGAGUCUAACCAAGGAGGUAAGUCAAAGUCCGAUCAGGAGCGAAGAAAGGGUAUUGCAUGGACAGAGGAUGAGCACAGGUUAUUUCUUCUUGGUUUGGAUAAGUACGGGAAAGGUGAUUGGCGUAGCAUUUCUCGCAACUUUGUAGUGACAAGAACACCGACCCAAGUCGCGAGCCACGCUCAAAAGUAUUUCAUUCGUCUAAACUCGAUGAACAAAGACAGAAGGCGAUCAAGCAUUCACGAUAUCACUAGUGUUGGCAAUGCAGAUGUCUCGACGCCACAAGGACCAAUAACUGGUCAGAACAACAGCACUAACAACAACAAUACGAGUUCUACUGUUGUUGCUGGAGGAGGAAACAAAUCAGCCAAGCAAGCCGUCUCUCAGCCACCACCAGGACCACCUAUGUAUGGAACACCAUCGAUAGGUCAACCAGUAGGUGGACCGAUGGUCUCAGCAGUUGGGACACCAGUGAACCUCCCAGCUCCACCUCACAUUGCUUACGGAGUCCAUGCUGCUCCAGUCCCUGGUUCAGGGGUUCCUGGUGCACCAAUGAACAUGGGUCAGAUACCAUACACUCUGCCGCGUACACCAACAGCUCAUAGGUAACUAGAAAGCACCUUUGCUGAGAUAGUGCACUUGGUUUUAGAUGUAAGAAAGAUGUGUAAAGGAUUUAGUGAAUAUUCAAGCUUGUUCCUUGAGUGAGUUUUUUUGUUACUUAGUUUUGUGGGGGAUUGUUAUGAGGUCCAAAUAAGAUAUUAAGAUCAUCACAUGAUUAGUUUCAGAUUCGAGAAGCAAAAAACACUCUUCUUUGUUUGUACACAAUAAAGCCUCUGUUAUGAGAGACUUGCAACAAGAUAGACAAAGCAACGUUGUAUAUCUGUUUUUCACUCAA